UUUGAAUGCGUCCAAGAUGGCGGACUGAACGGCUGUGGCUUCCCGACGAAGUUUCUCAUUUACGAUCUAAUGUUGUUAUAGACUAACAAAGACUCGUCGUAUCUAAAUCCCAUGAAACAAAAGUUGUAUUUGGAGCGAUGGCGUUUAAGCUGAAGUGAAGAUUGAAGGCUUUUUGAGAGCACAUGGACGACUACUGCUAUGCUAAAAUGGCGACGUCGUGUGAAAGAGAAAGUGAUGCCAGCAAAUCACCAACGGAGAUCAAGAUAAAAACCGAAGAUGAGCGAGUUGACGUUUCCAACAACGUGUUUAUGGAGACUGAAAAAAGCGUCGACGAGAAAUUAGCCGACUAUGUUGAAGAAUGUAAACAAAGGACCGCCAUGAUUGUUAGCUUGAAGAAGGCAGUGGAGUUCACAUCAGAGGAGAUGAAAGAAUGCGAAAGUCAAAUGAAGAAAGUGGAAGAGCAAAACAAGCGCUUGUGUAAAGAAAAUAAUGAUGUGAAAGAAGAGAUGUUGGGGAAGAGUAAGAGAUGUGAAGAGAAGACUGGACCACAUGUCUACAUCAACGUGCAGAGGAUUGGAGACAUCCAGCAGAUGAUUGGUCAUCCAGAAGAAGUUCCACCUCAGCUGCUGGGUGAUGGCUCCACUUUGAGGCCCCUUCACAUUAAAGAGGAAGAAAAGGAACUCUCAAUAACGCAAGAGACUAACCUCAACCAGCUGCCACUGACUGUUGUCUCUGUGAAGACUGAAGGUGAUGAAGAGAAACCACAACAAGACCACCUCUUAGCUCCAUUGUCAGAUAGUGAGGUUGAAGACGACGUUGAAGAACCUUUGAGCAGCGAUACAGACUGUGAAGGUGAUAUGAGGACUCACACUGACAACAAACACUCUGGAUGCUCAAAAAAGAAAAAGGGGGAUAUAACAUGUUUGAUUUUCUCACCUUGUGGCUCCACUCAUGAGAGCAAUUUGACUGGACAAAUGAGAACACACACAGAGGAGAAAUCAUCUAAUUGUUCAGUUUGCGGUAAAAUAUUGUCAUGUAAGACUAGUUUGACAAGACACAUGAGAACACACACAGAGAAACCUUUUAAUUGCUCAGUUUGCAGUAAGAGAUUUUAUUUGAAGGCCAAAUUGACCGUACACAUGAGAACACACACAGGAGAGAAACCAUUUAGUUGUUCGGUUUGUGACAGAAAAUUUACGUGUAAGAUCUAUUUGAAAGGACACAUGAGAACACACACUGAGGAGAACCCAGUUAUUUGUCCAGUGUGUGGUAAAAGAUUGUCUUUGAACACCAAUAUAUCAGAACACAUGAGAACGCACGCCGAAGAAAAAACAUUUAGUUGCUCAUUUUGUGGUAAAAAAUUUCGCCAGCAGACAAAUUUGCAAAAACACAUGAGAACGCACACCGGAGAGAAACCAUUUAGUUGUUCGGUGUGUGGCAAAAGAUUUUCCUGUCAGGGAAAUUUGUCAAGACAUGCAAGGACACACACAGGAGAAAAACCUUUUAAAUGUUCAGUUUGUAGUAAGAGAUUUGCUGAUAAUGUCAACCUGAAAGAACACAUGCGAUCACACACUGGUGAGAAACCACUUAGUUGUUCAGUUUGCGGCGAAACAUUUUCCCGUAGGUUAGCGCUGACUGGGCAUAUGAUAACACACACUGGAGAGAAACCAUUUCAUUGUUCAGUUUGCGGCAAAACAUACACCAGUAAGUUCAAUUUGGUAAAACACACGAGAGUACACACGGGAGAGAAACCAUUCAGUUGUUCAGUUUGCGGCUUAAGCUUUUCUGACAGGACACUUUUAAAACGACACAUAAUAAAACAUUCAGUUGAUCAAAAUGUGGUCCAAGAUGCUGGAGAAUUACACUUACAUUAAGACCCAAGACCCCGCACAGGAGAACAAACAUUCAGCUGUUCAGUGUCGAGGGGUUUGGAUUUUUCAACAUUUCCCACAAUGCAUUGCCGUUGGCCAUAUUAGAAAAAUUAGUUUGUAUCACGCCCAUUGUUGCUGGUCACUCCAGCUUUGAUAAUAAUACGCAUCUGCCAUAAUCGAGGUGGGAGAGAUAUUACCAGCAUGGUGUUUUCCUCACCUUCCUUUGGAUUACUGAAGUGUACAUCAAUGAUCUUGAAAUUGUGUUUGUUGUGACGAUGUUGUAUAGUAGUGUUGCACACAGACACACAAAACUAUGUAUUAUUAUUUGUAAAUAUGUGUGCUACAAUACAAUUCUUACUGUAACCUUUUUAUAAAAUAUACUUCGAGAAUUGUGACUCCAGCCGAUUAAACAAUCGGAUAACAAUCUUCUGCUUUGAGGAGCUGAUUUAAUGAUAUAUUUUUUAAGGCACCAACCAUAUAAUAUGUUUGAUAUAAUAAUGACUCAGUCAGUACUAGUGUUAGUGCAACAGAGGGCGCCAUUUCGUAACAGAUUUGUAACAAUGUGACACCAGUGUAAUUAGUUUAAUCACAAUAAGUAAAAUAGGAAGGUCACACCUUAGUGUGGGUGGCUAAUUGUCCACUUUGAAUGGUAUGAAAAUGUUCAACCUGAGAAAAUCGGUUCUUGUGUGGA